CACUGGUACAGCUUUUCUGCAAAGAUAUUGGGAGGUAUGUUUGGGGGGGAGCCUUACGAUUAUGACCUUAGAGCCCCUAUUUCCAAUUACAGGAUGUUUUCUUGUGGAAAUAGUAAGAGUUGUAGGUCAUAGAAUGUUUAUCUGUGGGAAUAUUAUGGUGUUAAUCAUAAUUGCAAAAUACUAUAAACAACUUAAAUGUUCAAGAACAGGGAAAUAGUUAAUAAAUUAUUCAACAGUAUGGUGGAAUAUGGGAUAUAAUCAGCCAUUUAAAGUUGUAUAUUUCAGUAACAUUGUAAUGAUAAGAAACAUGUUAAUGAGGAUGAAAGUGGGAUGCCAGCCUGCUUGCUUAUAAUUUAUAGGUAACUAGGAAUAAAUGUCUCUGUAUCUCAAGCUGGUCGUAAUCAUCUUUGGGCAGAGGAAUUAUUUUCUGUAUACUUUUAUUUUCCAACAUUUUCUACAGUAUGAAUAUAUCUUUUUAUAAUCAGAGAAACAGUACUUGAAGAAAAUUCAGGGGAUGAGAAUGUCUUCAUUAAAUUCUUUUAAAAUGUAAAAUGAAAUUUUAAGGUAUUAAAGUAUAAGGUAUUACAAAUAAGAGGUAAGUACCAUUUCAGCAGAUGAAUGAAUAAGUUAGGCAGACUGCCAAGAGGUUAUUGAUUUUAAGAGAAAAAAUGAUAAGCCACUGUGGGUAAUAUUCACAUUUUUCUGGCAGUUAUAAAGAAACCACUGAUUUUCUAAAAUAGCAGGUGCUGAAUUGGGAGAACUCUAGAGAAGUUUUAUUUCAUCACUUAAUUUUUACAUAAUGACUGUAUUAUAAAGUGAGGAAACUUAAAAUUUCAGAUAGAGAAAUUUAUUUCUGAGUAUCACAAAAUUUUGGUAUUUGUGGAAAAGAUUUAAUAACUGCUGGGUAUAAAUACCUGAUUGAUUUACUUUGAGGAGUGCAUAUUCUUAAUCAGCAUUCUGAAUUAAAUGGGGGCUGUUCAGAUGGAUCGUUUUACGUAAGUUUUAAAUAUUUAUGAUCAGACUGAUGCCAGAGAAAGUACAGCAUCUUGAGUAUGCUUAUGAAACACUGAACUCCUGCAUUUUAUUUUACAGUGUAGCUCUCGCAAUAUAUUACCACAUCAAAAACAGGGACCCAGAUGGAAGGAUGCUCUUGGAUAUUUUCGAUGAAAACCUUCACCCUCUCUCGAAAUCCGAAGUGCCACCAGAUUACGACAAACACAACCCAGAGCAGAAGCAGAUCUACCGGUUUGUGCGGACGCUGUUCAGUGCCGCUCAGCUGACUGCAGAGUGUGCCAUCGUCACCCUGGUGUACCUGGAACGGCUCCUCACAUACGCAGAGAUUGACAUCUGUCCGGCCAACUGGAAGCGGAUUGUUCUGGGGGCCAUCCUGCUGGCCUCCAAGGUGUGGGACGACCAGGCGGUGUGGAACGUGGACUACUGCCAGAUCCUGAAAGACAUCACGGUGGAGGACAUGAACGAGCUAGAGCGACAGUUCCUUGAAUUGCUCCAGUUCAACAUCAACGUUCCUUCCAGUGUUUAUGCCAAGUAUUAUUUUGAUCUUCGUUCUCUGGCGGAAGCCAACAACCUGAGCUUCCCCUUGGAGCCCCUGAGCAGAGAGAGGGCCCACAAGCUGGAGGCCAUCUCCCGCCUCUGCGAGGACAAGUACAAGGACCUGCGAAGACCCACGAGGAAGCGGUCAGCGAGUGCUGACAAUCUGACUCUGCCCAGGUGGUCCCCGGCCAUCAUCUCCUAACCGUGGGCGUCCCUGCCGGAGGCCGUGCCAUCCCUCAGUUUCUCCUUUAGUUCGAGAAAAGACAGACGUGGGGUGGUUUUGUUUUGUUUCCUCUCCUUUUCUUUUUAAUUCAUAGCUCCGCCAGGCUGCCUUGAUGAGCGCCUCCAGGCUGCGCGCAUGCGCAGCAGGGCUCCGAGGACACGAAGUCGGUGCCAUGGGAUCCCGUCCAUGCCUUCCCAGCCCCGGGUCAGCGCUUCCUUCGUGGAGGAAAAAGACUCUAACCCUGGAGGAGGCAGGGAAGGGACGGGAAGUCGCACAGAGGCAGGGAGAGCAGCUUGGCCUGGUUCCUAAGUCCCCGUCGGUAACCGAACCAACCCGACAGGAGAGCCCGGCGUAGGUGACAUUUAAGUUGGAUGCGCAUUAAAGGCGUUCACCACCCCACCCGGAUCAGUAUGUCCCGUUAAGACUUCUUGCAUUCCUUCUUGCUGCUUCUCGGGGAUUUGGGGGGGAUUUUUGUUUGUUUUAUUCUGUUUUGGUUUUGGUCCCACAGAGCAGAGAAUAUAGUUUGUACCCACCAUGGCACAGACAUCCAAAUAAAUAGCACUGGCUGUUUCUCUCUGCACCACUCCUGCGAGCUGUCUUCUGAGCUUUCUUGCUCUCCAGGGGGAGCACUUGUCACGUCUCUGCGCACCUUUAUCCUAGAUGGUUUUCUCCACAGUGGCGGAAUCAACUUGACUGUAGUGCUGAACCAGACGACUCCCUUCCCCCAGCUCCUCCCCCAGGAACAUUCUAGAUCACUUGGGUGCUUGUGCCUUCUGAUCCUGCGGUGGUCUCUCUCUGCCUGCCCCAAGGGGCAGCCCCUUCCCUGCCCUGCCCACCCCACUCCUCUACUUCCACGUCCAUUGUGCAAGCAAUAUUCCUCUCAACUUUUAUAUGUUUACUUCAAAUCAAAGUUAGUCUAUUUGUAUAAAAAUUUUUUAAAAAUCUAAAAUUUAAAAAAAAGGGGGUGGGGGUGGGUAUUCACAUGGAAGAUCACUGAAGGGCAAAAUGUUCCUAUUUACUGAGGUAUUUUUCACAGAAUGAUUGAAUAAAAAACUCGACUUGCAUUUUCAUUGUGGGUGCUUAGUGAAGUUAUAUGAAACUAAAACUGUGAAGGUUUAUGCGUCAUUAACUAUGACCGUCCUUUAUCAUUUCUGACUAUUCUUCAUUUCCUUAUGGGCUAGAUGAAAAGCUUUUACAGCAAGGAAGAUUAAGGGUUAAUGACAGGACCUCGCAGUUAAGUGCAAGAAUCUGGGUCAGUGAAGCAUACAGUGCUUUGGGGUUUGCACAUUUUCUCGGUCACAAUAACAGAAGUUUCUAAGUUUUUCCUUCAUCAGGUCUUUGAGGCAAAUGGCAGUAGAUAAAUCUGUGUUUUACCACCCUCCUGUGUGAGCUUGGAAAACUCUGGAAUCUUAUGUUAUUUGUCUUGUGCCCUGAACUCAUAUACCUGCUCCCCAGACAUGCCUGCCCUGAGGAGACAUGCUUCUUCAGUGGGAGGGACUCAGAAGCACCCAAGCAGCCCAUGAACACGAAGCCCAGUGCUAGUCAGAUGGCCCUGAGGUUUGUAGCAUGUGUAAACCCAACUGUGUGGGCCAGAAACACUGUCAGAUUCUUUCUGGCUUAAACUUUCAAAAGCAAACAAGCGGAAUAUGAAAAGUUAAUUAUCUUUCCAUUGUAACUGUGUAUCAAUAUACUCCAUAUGGGUUUCAAAAUCAGCUGCUCUCUUCAAGUAAGAUUUGGAUUUAGAACAUGAAAUAGAGACCCCCCCAAAAUGUAGAAAAUACCAUUUUAUAUUCCCUAAACUAUAUAGCUUAAAAAGGGACAUAUUUUCUUAGCUGACUAUGAAUACCUCUCAAAUAAAUUAGUUCCUCCCAUGUAGAGUAUGUUACUUUACCGAUCCAUUUCAGGAAAGAGGUUUUGCUGCCUUUCAAGCAGACAUCUUAUUUUUAUCCCUUUUAUUUGAAUGAGAGAUUUGAAAAUUGAAUUAUGUAAAUAUUUCAAUGCAUCUGCUAUUAUUUUGUGGAGUUUAUUAAACUACUUUAAAAAAUUGUAUAGUCUAUUUAUUUAUGUAUGUACAUACAGUCUGCUAACUUAAAGUUUAAAGUGGAUUCCGUAAAACCUGACUCAGUCUUGUUUAGACUAUUGAAUAUUGUUUUAGCCUUGUGCACUGGAUUCUACCUCUGUAUAGGAAAAUUUUCCAUAUUCCUGAGCAUCGAUCUGUAUUAACUGGUUAUGUUUCUUGCACUAAGGAUUUUUAAAACUCUGCUGUAAGUAUAGAUUUCAGUUUUACUUUUGCAGAAUGGUUCCCUUGACAUGAAGAUAAUUUAGGUUGGGUUUAUUUUUCUACAUGAUGAAGAAGACAUUACGUUCUCUGGUUUGUUCUAAGUUUGCAAAAAAAAAAAAAAAAAAGCCCGUCAACACCCAAUACAGUACCUAUUGAUAAAUCAUGGUGAUGUAAUUUGUUUGCAAGGUGGUUCAUGCCCUACAAUUAAAGCCGGAUUGCUAUUUAGGAA